AUGGAGAUCCCAGUGGUGGAUUUCGGUGCUGGCAGCCUGAAUAAGAAACAUGUGACUGACGAUGAGCUGCAGAAGCUGGGAGAAGAGCUGAAGACAGCCUUUUCUGAAAUUGGCUUUGUUUUUCUGAAGAACUUUGGGAUCAGUGAGGAGGAGGUGCAGCGUGUCAUGGACAUAAACAAGAAGUUUUUCCUGCAGCCAGAAGAACUGAAACAGCCCUUCUCCAUUAAGACCUUCUCCCAGAACCCCAACCAUGGCUGGGUGUGUCUGCAGGCUGAGAGGUUGAAUCCACGUCGACCUGGAGAUCUCAAGGAGGCGUUCAACGUUUCUUUACUUCGUCCCGACAUAACAUGGCCGUCGUCAGGCGGGCUGCAGGACUUCCAGGAGGUCCAGUGUUCGUUCUUUCAGCGCUGUAAAGAGCUGAGUCUGCGGGUCUUGAGAGUGAUAGCCAUCGCUUUGGAUUUCCACCCAGACGUGUUCCUGAACACACACCGUCUCAUAGGAACUGAAGAGAACGGCACCACGCUGCGCUCCCUCUUCUAUCCUCCAGUGAAGAGUGAAACAGUGAAGGAGGGUCAGCUGCGGUGCGGCGAGCAUUCCGACUAUGGCAGCAUCACUCUGCUGUUCCAGAACUCCGAAGGUCUGCAGGUUUGUACUCGUUCGGGGGAGUUCAUCUCUGCUCCUGUGAUCCCCGGAACCGUCCUCAUCAACAUCGCCGACCUGAUGCAGCGCUGGACCAGCGACAAGCUCGUCUCUGUGGUUCACAGGGUUUUGUUGCCCUCUGUUGGAGACUCCAGCACUCGUCAGUCCCUGGCUUUCUUCGUUCACCCUGAUGACGAGGCCGUGAUCACUUGCUGCGACGGCUCAAACAAAUACCCGCCCGUUACAGCAGGCGAAUACCUCCUCCAGCGCCUCAAGGCUGGAUAUGGGAGCAGCUGAAUAUCCCACCACUGCUUACAGAUGCUGAAGUUUUGUCUACGUAAAACCUGUGAAGCCCCUCAUGAAUUUAAUCACACUACAUGUCACUUGUUAUUAGUUUGCGCGAUUAUGUUUUUAACGUCAUUCAGUGAGUUGAUGUCUGGAAUUAUAAAGACCGAAUGGGAAACUUGCGAGACCAGUCACUUUAUUCUCAACUUUCACAACUUUAACACUUUCAUACACAGGAUGUUGGCUGCACAGACUGAAGUGCAUGAAAAGGAAAUAUUCUUAAAAAAAAAUGUUAAAGCUAAACUAGCUUU